ACAUCAGCCACUAUUCAUGAAAUCACCAGUUCGUUGGUGCUUCUCGUCCAGAAAUAAGAUACUUUCCAAACAUGGGAAUCCUGACGUCAGGCUUCCUGAAAAAUAUGCGCGGCUUUAACUUCCUCAAGACGCCUCAGAGGAGAGCUGAUGUCUUUAAAGUGGGAGGUGAUGAAAUCCACCCUUAGCUCAAAGACGUUUGACAACCAGGAAUCGACCACUAAGUCACCCCAGACAAGAUAUGGGUUGAAGAUCUUGUAUCUUUUCACAUAUAAUCUGAUACAGUUCUGUGGAUACUCAUGGAUAUCUACGAACAUUACUGCCAGAUUCUUAACAUUUGGUGAAGACAGUCUGGUGGACACGUACCAUUCGAUUGGGACUGUGAUGAGUUUCUGCCAAUUGUUAUCAAUCCUGGAAUUGAUUCAUAUACUGAUAGGCAUUGAACAGAGUCCAUUUCUUCCACGACUUGUGCAGGUUACCGAGAGGAACAUAAUCCUUUUUGUGGUCAUCACCAGUCAAGAGGAGAUGCAGGCUAAACCUACAGUUUGGGGCUUGUUUUCCCUCUGGAGCACCCUCGAUGUAAUCAAGUAUCCACAUCGCAUGUUAUCUAUCGUAGGAACUGAUUUGUAUACAUUGUCAUGGAUUCAUCAUUGCCUUUGGAUUCCUCUUUUGCCUUCAAUACUGCUGACUGAAGUAAUUGCCAUUUACCAGUCGCUGCCAUACUUUGAAGCUCUGGGAACCUAUUCCUUUCAGUUACCUAAACCUAUUGCUGUGCCAAUACAUUUCCCAUAUGUAUUGCAACUGUACUGUCCAAUACUUGUUAUAGGCACGUACAUCAGCUGCAGGCACUUCUAUGAAGAGCGAAAAUUGAACAUAAGAAGAUACACAAAGAAACUCAAGCAAAAGUAACAAAUUUGAAUCAGCGUCCACAUCAUUUGCCAGGAUCAGGAAAAAACUGCCAAGAAUUUGAGAGUGUUUCAGAGAUAGUAGGAACUGCAAAUGCUGGAGAAUCUGAGAUAACAAGGUGUAGAGCUGGAUGAA